AUGGUGAUGAUGAUAAUCAUGAUGAUGAUGAAGAUGAUGAUGAUGAAUCAGUCUCCAGCCCCGAGCUUCACCAUCCGCUCCAUCCUGGGCACCGCGGAGGACAGCACGAGGCAGGACGGAGGAAGCGGAGGCGCAGGUGGAGCUGCAGGUGCGGGUGGGUCGCGCGCGACGGCGGCGGCGGCGGUGGUGUCGGUGGCGCAGAGGAGGCGCGCGCUCUCGGUGUCCUCGGACGGCUGCAGCGCUGAAGAGGAGGAGAGCAGCGGAACCGAGUGUUUCUGCAAACUCCAACACACACUCUGCUCCAAAACGCGUCCGAAUGCUCCAGUAAACAAACCCUCAUCAGAAGGGAAAGAACACACUCUGCACAACAGCACCAAGAAUAAUAAUGAUGACCAGAGGUCACUGAGUCCAUGCAGCGAUAAGCGCACUGACAACGCUGGUGAUGAUAAAUCCAGCAGUGGAGACACAGGGAAGAAAAAGACACGCACUGUGUUCUCACGGAGCCAGGUGUUCCAGCUGGAGUCAGCGUUCGACGCCAAGCGGUACCUGAGCAGCGCUGAGCGGGCGUGUCUGGCCUCCAGUCUGCAUCUGAGCGAGACGCAGGUUAAGACCUGGUUCCAGAACAGGAGGAACAAGUGGAAACGGCAGCUCGCGGCAGAGCUCGAGGCUGCACACGUGGCUCACGCGGCUCCCUCGGCGGCUCGGACUCUGGUCGGGAUGCCAUUGGCUGGAUUCGGUGUUCCAAUGCCGAGAUCUGCGGCUUUUCCCAUGUAUUAUCCCGGAAGUAAUAUUCCAGCGUUUCCUCUGUACAGUCUUUACAGUAACAUUGACUGUUGAGGCAGAAGAAGAUUAAUGGAUGCUUUCGUGAAUAGGGUGUGUCUGCAGAUAGAGACCAGUGGG